AUGGAUCCAAUCUUGGAUGGAUUGAAUCAUGCGCAGCGUGAGGCUGUCACCUCAUCGGGCUCAGUUCUCCAAGUGCUCGCGCCACCAGGUUCCGGCAAAACAAAGACAUUGACGGCGCGCGUCGCGUACCUUCUAUCACACCACGGCUACCAGCCUCAAGAUGUGAUAUGCUGCACCUUCACGAUCAAGGCCAGUCGUGAAAUGCGCGAGCGUCUUGCCAAACUUAUUGGUGAAAAACUCGAAUCGCGCUUGAUUCUCGGCACUUUCCACUCGAUCUGUCGACGCUACUUGGUCAAGUACGGGUACCUGAUUGGCCUGCGGAAGGGAUUCGGGAUUGCAGAUUCGGACGACACCCGCGCAAUCAUCAAAAGAACCAUUAAGCGGUUGAACUCUAGCAUUGAAGUCAAGGCAGCCCAGGGCCGUAUCUCUCGGCACAAGGCGCAUGGCUUGAGCCCAGAUGCAUUGGCUGAACGGGCCAAGGCUGAAGAGCUGGAGCUCGUCGAUAUCUACCGGGAUUAUCAAUCGGCAUUGGCUGCUUCUAACCUGCUAGACUAUGACGACCUUCUUUUGCGUUGCAGUGAUCUCCUGCGGGAUCAUCCACAGUGUGUGUCCAACGUACAGGCCGUACUAGUGGACGAGUUCCAGGACACCAAUAUCAUUCAGUAUGAACUGAUGAACCUCUUUGCCUCCAAAAGUCGGCGAAUCACGAUCGUCGGAGACCCUGAUCAGAGUAUCUACGGCUUCCGUUCUGCUGAGAUCAAAAAUCUCAAGCGUAUGCAAGGCCGUUACUCAAACACAACGGUCGUUCUCUUAGAGGACAAUUACCGCUCUGCGGGUUCCAUUCUCAGUGCUGCCCAGGAUGUCAUUGAGCAGGACGAGGCUCGGCCCGCUAAGGCUCUCCAGGCCACCCACACAUUUGGGACCCUGCCUGUGUUAAGAAAACUUCCAACCCCCAAUGCAGAGGCACAGUGGAUGGUUCUUGAGAUCAAAAGAGCCGCAGCUAUGACUGGAGGUCUCUUACGCAUGUCCGACUUUGCGAUCCUACUCAGAUCGGCUUCGCUGUCAACGCAGAUAGAGACAGCGUUCGGGAGAGCAGGCAUUCCGUACAAGAUGGUUGGAGGCCGAAAGUUCUUCGACCGAACCGAGGUGAAGAUUCUGCUUAAUUACAUGCGAGUUGCUAGUCAUACGGGGCAUUCCGAUGCGCUAUUGAACAUUGUCAAUGUUCCGCCGCGGAGAAUUGGCGAUGAGACAAUCAGGCAAUUGACAAGCGGUGCGGAGCAGGCCAAGCUUCCGUUAUGGGACUUCAUCAAGGAUGUCAUUCAAGGGCGCCGCUCGACUGAAAAGAAACUGCAAAAAGCCGCAGAACAGGGGCUUUGUAACCUGGUGAAGCUGAUUGAGGCCUCUCGGCAAAAGCUGCAGGAGUGUGAAGAUGCCUCGGCUCCCCGUGUGCUCAUCGAGUUUAUUGCGGAGCGGCUUUCAUUCCAGGAAUAUCUCAUAAGAACAUAUCCACUGGACGAGGACACCCGCUGGGCAAAUGUCAAGGAAUUGAUGCACCAAGCCACGGAAGUCGCAGCUUUUGAAGAGGAAGAGGUCGACAAGGAGAUGGACCUUCCCGAGAUCCAGGGCUUGGAACAACAGCAGGCACAUGCUGGUGAAGAAGCUCUGACUCGUUUCCUUGCAAACGUCGCAUUAGCGACAGAGAUCACCACGGAAGAGGACAACAAAGAGGAGACUCCCAAAGAGAAGGUCACUAUUUCAACCAUUCACGCCGCCAAGGGGUUGGAGUGGCCUGUGGUCUUCGUACCUGCGGUGUACAAUGGGAGUAUUCCACAUUCGCGCGCUGAGGUGAUAGAAGAAGAGAGAAGAUUACUAUAUGUCGCAAUGACAAGAGCACAAGCUCUCCUAUAUUUGAGCUUGCCUAUUCGACAACCACGACUAGGGGAAGGAGAAGACGGCGCAACAACAAUAACGCCAUUCCUCCCUCCCAAACUGACCAAAACACGGUUUCGACCGACGGGACCAUCUCUUCACGAAAAGGUGGUUUACUCAAUUGCCGAUAUCCUUCGACGUCCUCGGCCGUCCGUUGAUGAUAUGUAUAAAGGGCUCGAGUUUCUGCCAUCGACACUGGAUGAUCGAUGGACAUCGGAAGGUGAAGAAGAUCGCAGCAAGUUUGAGGGCACCUCAGUCUCUCACGAUACCUCCGACGAGCCCAAUCCCAAGCGACGGCGCUCUGACAUGAACCAGGGACCCAACACAACGACCUAUAUGUCAUCCACUGGGUAUACUAUGAACAACUCGACAGGGUUUACCCUUCCACCCGCCGCUUCAUCCGGGUUUACAUCUGCGCGAGAUCACCAUGCCGCUUACCCCCAACCUACCUCGGAGUCAGCCGCGGAGUCAGCUUCAAGCAGCCGUGCGGAUGCAACGGGGGCAAAUAAGCCGAAACCAUCCAGCGGCGCAGGCCGCAAGGACGGCCUCACACAAGCCAGCAUAUCCAAUUUCUUCGGGGGCCCGGGGACCCAGAAACGGGAGCCUGUUCUGCCUAAUCGGCCACAGCCACCAUCCCGAAGAUACGAACUCUCAACGUCACAGAACCCAGGUCUCCCCCCAAAGUCCAAUGUGCCGCCUACUCUCUCCUCUCAUCGUGUCCAGCCACGGCCGCUCAUCCCUACCGGGCCAACACUGGAGUCUGCCAACACCAGUGGCUACACGUGGUUGGCGACUCCGUCGAGACCCCCAGCCUCGAAGCCCAAAAUACCGAUGACGCAGGAACAGGGCGCGCGUGCUGUUUCGGCGAACGGCACAGCCGGGGCAGAGGUGAAACCCGAGGCUUCGCGAGGGUUCCAGUCCGCGUCGACGUUCCACACGACGACAAUGUCAAUGGUCCAACAGGGGCCGAGGCGUACGUUGGGGAUUCGGCGAAGCAUGAAUGGGUGGCAAGAUCGGAUGAAGCGAGAGAGCGGUGGAGGCUGA